UAUUAUCCCUCGAGCGACUAGGAAUUGCCUUUCCAAUUUCUUUAGGGUUACAAAGAUUGAUAAUUUUGGGAAAUAUUUGGGCCUCCCGUCUGUCUUGGGCAAAGACAAAAAGGCUGUUUUUUCUUAUAUUUUGGAUAAGAUUUGAGCUCUUUUUGUAGGUUAGAAUAAGAAGUUGUUGUCCAAUGCUGGGAAAGAGGUUCUUUUGAGGACACUGGUGCGGGUUUUGCCACAGUAUGCCAUGAGUGUCUUUUUUCUACCACAGUGUCUUUGUACGUAGAUUGAGAGAUUGAUGAAUUCGUUCUGGUGGUCUGCUAAGGGGUCUAAUGCCUCUAGUAUCAAAUGGAUGUCUUGGAAGAGAUUGUCGAUUCCUAAGAAGUUCGGGGGUAUGGGUUUUAAGGAGAUCCGUAAUUUUAAUGUGGCUAUGUUAGGAAAGAAAGGAUGGAGAUUUCUUACUAAACAUGUAGCACUUGUCUCCCGGGUUUUCAAAGCUAGAUACUUUCCAAAAUCUUCAUUUCUCGAGGCCUCAUUGAGAGGUACUCCAAGCUAUUGUUGGCGUAGUAUUUUCAAGGCGCAACCUCUGAUUAAGCAAGGAAUAAGGCGUCGGGUAGGGAAUGGUAGGGACACGUUGGUGUGGGGAUCCCCUUGGCUAAUAGACUAAGACAAUCCUUUUAUUUCCUCUGAACCGCCACCCUAUUUGCCUAACCUCCCAUUGUAUUUUCUUUUGGAUCCUGACUCAGGGGAGUAGAAUGAGGUUGUGUUAAUCUCUUUUUUAAUAGACGAGAUAUUUGUGAGAUUCUACGUAUUCCUACUUCCACCUCUCGUGAUGACAUUUGGUUUUGGCAAGGUACUUCUCACGGUGAUUAUUCAGUCAAGGAGGGAUACCGCCUACUUCAUGGAGAAGAUGCUUUCGAGUCGGGCUUCCUUGCGGGAAAUAACUUAUGGCGUAUCUUGGUGGCACCAAAGGUGAGAAUGGUUAUAUGGGGAGCCCAGAAAGGAAUCUUACCAACUAGUACUGCACUUAAUUUAAAGGGUAUGGAUUUAGAAUAUCUUUGCCCAAUUCGUGGUUCAGAAGAAGAGACCAUUGAUCAUACCUUUGUGUGUUGUCUAUACACCUUGACUAUCUGGGAAGGUAUUGGGGUGCUUUUUUUGUCAAUGAGGGCAGUUCUUUUCAGCAAUUUAUCCAGCGAGUAGUCGACUCUUUGAAUAUGAGAGAACUGCAAUAUGUUGCUUAUGGGGUUUGGGCAUUAUGGAAGGUUCGCAAUACAGCAUUCUUGGAGCAUAAAGUCUCAGCACCAGCAGCCACCCUUCACCUAAUUCAAUUAAUGGUGGCAGGUUGGGUGGAGAGCCACCAAGGGCAAAGCACAGAGCAUGUACAGUCGACUGGUGUGAUGUAGGGAGUUUCUGGUCCAAUAAGGUGCUGCUUUGUUGAUGCAAAUUUGUUUCCCCAAUCCGAGGAGGUAGGGUAUGGCGUCGUCCUAUUUGAUUCUUAGGGUAGGUUUUUUAUUGCCAUUAAUGGUAUCUUGCAUUGUACUCUAAAUUUUUAAAUGGCAAAAGCAUAUGUUUUUCGUGAAGCCAUGAAUUGGUUAAAGCGUGAAGGCUAUAUUGACGU